GCAAUGCGACACCACAACAGGAAGACUUGGCCGGCUGUGGACACCUGGACACCUGUACUUCGGUGCAUUUCGCUGCGUUAUGUGGGCAUUGCCACUGGUCCCCCUGCCCAGAGCCAGCUGCUGAUUCUGAAGCAAUGCCACUGUCAUCAAUUGGCCCUCAUACGAACUACGAACUACGAACAUGGAGCACCAAUCUUCUGGAACCCACGGCAGAAACCUGAUCGGCACCUGGGGGCCCCCGCCGUCUAUUCUACUGCACUGUCUGGAAUGGACUGUCAGGACUGUCAGAACCAACCGUCAAGACAAGGUCGGGCUACCUGCGCUCUCGCACCCGGCACUGCGGUUCCGUGGGCUCCAGCUUCGGCCUUAGAUGAAACCAGCCAGCCCGGCCAACCUGGUAGUCUAAGGGUGAUUUUUGGAACCCAUGAAAUCUUUUGUUGAUGAGAUGAGCCACACGCGUACUUGGAACCACUCUGCUCUGUUCAUCCUGCCAUAGCCCGAGGCCUCACCAGCUGUGAUAACGCUCAAGCCGGCUUCAAGGCGCACCAUCGCCAGCCAUAGCGCAGGGCUAGUAUUACCCAGGUCCCAGGCCCUACCUAGGUUUAAGGGCCUAGAUCUUACCGAGGAGACGGGUCGGGGACAAGACCAGGCUGACCUGUCAGGCCGCCUCAGCAGGCAGGCUCAGCAGGCAGGCUGUCUGCCAGGCAGAACAUGAAACGUCCCGAGGCUGAACUGAACGCCGGUCUUCAUCUGUCCACCUUGGUGGCAACUUGCUGCCCGGUAGCAGCAGCUGGGUGCUUCCAAUACACCUAUCCUACCAGCCCGGCUGCCCGGCUGCCUCUAUGCCGGGCAUUCAGCCUCGAGGCGGAGCUUCUGUCUGCCCAGGUGGUGGUGAAAAGCCACAGCUGCGCGAGGGGCGGGAUCCCUUGCUACUCCGUACCUAGGUACCACUAGUUGUACUACUGUGUUGAUAAGACGCUCGUCUGCGGCCAUCGGCAGAGGAGCCGGCGCUGCUGACCGUUAACCCCGAGCCGACGACUUAUUACCGGGGCUCCCGUCGAGCUCCAACAGCUGCGCAUCACCGUGAAGCACCCAGGAUGAGUGCAACAAUGGCCGAUCCGCCGCAGCCUUCGUGGACGGCUCUCUUGCAUCGUAGAUGAUUGCGGGCGACAUAGAAUCCGCGAUGGGUGUUGAAGUCUCUGCAAUGUAAGGACCUUAUUAGUACGGCCGUGUCCGUAGAGGUCAAGGCUCCCCUCAGGUGGGGCUGCAUCCCAAUGACGAAAGCGAGCUGCCCGCUCCCCUCAUUGCUCAUUGAACAGCGAGGGCCGAUCGGGGGAGGCCCGGGGGGGGGAAGCUUACCAAGACGACUUCGGAUCUCCACCUGGGGCAUAAACUGCACCGUCCCCAGCCUCUACCGCUUUCUCCUGCCAAACCUCCUCGUCGUCAAGCAAGGAAGCCAGAUCACCAAUUGCCCUUACCAAGAAUCCAUAAACAUCAGUUCUUCAACCAAACCAGCCAAAAUGGUCAAAGCAGUUGCCGUCGUCCGUGGUGACUCCAAGGUCUCCGGUACCGUCACCCUCGUGCAGGAGUCCGAGUCUGCUCCCACCACCAUCUCUUGGGAUAUCACUGGCAACGACCCCAACGCCAAGCGCGGCUUCCACAUCCACACCUUUGGUGACAACACCAACGGCUGCACAUCUGCCGGCCCCCACUUCAACCCUCACAACAAGACCCACGGCGCUCCCUCCGACGAGGCCCGCCACGUUGGUGACCUCGGCAACAUCGAGACCGAUGCUCAGGGCAACGCCAAGGGCAGCGUCGAGGACAAGCAUGUCAAGCUGAUUGGCCCCGAGUCCGUCAUUGGCCGAACCGUCGUUGUCCACGGUGGCACUGACGACCUUGGAAAGGGCGACAACGAGGAGUCGCUCAAGACUGGCAACGCCGGACCCCGCCCUGCCUGUGGUGUCAUUGGUAUCUCCAACUAAGUGUCUCGUCCCUAUCAUGGUAUCCGAGAUGAGCGUAGCUGUGCUGGAGCUCGGCACGUUGGAUGGCGCCAGAAAUGCUCCGGCUCGAGCCCAUCUCGGCAAACAAACACCACCUAGGUAGCCGCCAGAAAUAACCUCAAAAAUAAGAGACCUGAUUGCGAGAUGCACUACACCAUUGUAGACCACAUCACUAUGCAGAAUUAUACAUCACUUUCCCACAGUGCUAUGUAUUGAGGGAUUGAGGCAUUGAUACAUGCCCGUCUCCGAGCUCCGAGCUCACUGAGCUCAGAAGCUCUCACAGCUGAGGCCGUUUCUACAUGAUGCUAGCAAAGUGCUUCAGGAAUC